CCAUAAUGCAUCUGCACACCUAUAUCCAGAAUCCAUUGACGGUUUAGCAGCUCAUGACGGCUACGAGCUCCCAUGAUCCCGAUGGAUGUGGAGAGGGUGAAAAUUAUGUCGUCCCGCUCUGACAGUGGGAGCGGGGAGGACUCUUUGGACCGGCUGCUGCCUCCCGCCGGGACCCCGCGCAGGAAGAGCGCCACCUCUCUGAGCAAAACAGAGCCUCCUCUGCUCCGCACUGGAAAACGCACCAUCUACACGGCGGGCCGCCCUCCCUGGUACGACGAGCACGGCGCUCAGUCUAAGGAGGCCUUCGUCAUCGGGCUGUGUGGGGGCAGUGCUUCAGGGAAGACCACCGUGGCCAAUAAGAUCAUUGAGGCUCUGGAUGUGCCGUGGGUCGUGCUUCUGUCUAUGGAUUCUUUUUAUAAGGUCUUGUCUCCUGAGGAACAGGUCCUGGCAGCGCAGAACGACUAUAACUUUGACCACCCGGGGGCUUUUGACUUUGAGCUGCUGGUUGCUACCCUGAGGAAGCUGAAGCAAGGCAGGAGUGUGAAGAUCCCGGUGUAUGAUUUCACCACGCACAGAAGGCAGAAAGACUGGAAGAACCUGUACGGUGCCAGCGUUAUCAUCUUUGAAGGGAUUAUGUCGUUUGCAGACAAAGAGCUUCUUCAGCUGCUGGAUAUGAAAAUCUUUGUGGACACGGACUCGGACAUUCGGCUCGUCCGCCGGCUUCGCAGGGACAUCACGGAGCGCGGGCGGGACAUCGAAGGCGUCAUCAAGCAGUACAACAAGUUUGUGAAGCCGGCCUUCGAGCAGUACAUCGAGCCGACCAUGAGGCUGGCUGAUAUCGUUGUGCCAAGAGGUGGGGGGAACAUGGUGGCCAUUGAUUUGAUCGUCCAGCAUGUCCACAGCCAACUGGAGGAGCGUGAGCUCAGCGUCAGGGCGCUCCUGGCCUCAGCGCAGCAGACGCAGACGCUGCCUCAGACUCUCAGCGUGCUGGAGAGCACGCCGCAGGUCAGAGGCCUGCACACCAUCAUCAGGAACAAAGACACCAGCCGAGACGAGUUUAUCUUCUACUCCAAGAGGUUGAUGCGCCUGCUGAUAGAACAUGCUCUCACGUUCCUGCCCUCUCAGCCGUGUGUGGUUCAGACUCCACAGGGUCAUGAGUAUGAGGGCCGCAGGCACAGUGGGAAAGGGAUCACCGGCGUGUCGAUCCUCCGGGCAGGGGAGACCAUGGAGCCCGCCCUGAGGGCUGUGUGCAAGGAUGUCCGCAUCGGCAAGAUCCUCAUCCAGACCAACCUCGACUCGGGCGAGCCGGAGCUGCAUUACCUUCGUUUGCCCAAAGACAUCAGUGAAGAUCAUGUCAUCCUAAUGGACAGCACGGUCUCCACCGGAGCUGCCGCCAUGAUGGCUGUCAGAGUCCUGCUGGAUCACGAGGUUCAGGAGGAUAGAAUCAUGCUGGUGUCUUUGCUGAUGGCUGAACUCGGGGUGCACUCUGUGGCCUACGCCUUCCCCAAGGUGAAAAUCAUUACCACCGCCGUGGACGAGAACCUGGACGAUUGCUUACACGUCAUUCCUGGAAUCGGGGAUUUUGGGGACCGCUAUUUUGGGACAGACGGCCCGGAGUUCGACUGCAGUGAUGAAGAAGAGCAGCAGCUAUCAUGCUAACCUUUGAAACCAAAACUACCUAAAGACCAUAUGAGCCAGAAUCUUCUUAUAUUUGCUGUGGAUGAAGCAUUUUUCUGUUAAUGCAGCCACUGAGUCACAGUCUGGUUUUUUUGCAGCACUUAAAGUAAAUAUUUUCAUAUGGAAGGGCUUUAAAUGUGGUUCUCUCUUUCAGGUACAACAAUAUUUUGUAAUAAAUAACCAGGGCUGGAAUGCACUAAAUGUUAUUUAGUGCAGGACUGUAAAUUAAACCUUGUUUAUAAAUGUAUUAUAGAUUUAUCAUUUAAAUUUAGUGUUGUUUUUAGGAACAAAGUAGGAUCGUUACUGAUAUUUAAAAAUGUAUUUUUCAUCAUUUGUUGUUCUUCAUGGAUUCAAAUAAAUCUAAUUUAGGAAAACUUUAAAACACAAUAUUUAUUUUAUAUUUAUGGGUAUUUAGAAUUAGUGUCAUUAAUUGCUGCAGCUAUUUAAAGAGUCAGAUGAUUCGUUUAAAACAGUUUUGAUGAAUUCAUUCAGAUUUGUAUUUGUGCAUUAUUGUUUAAAUCAUUUUCUUUUAAUGGAUAGAUUUAAAAAUGUUUUGUGAUUUCUUUCAAAUGUUGACCAUUUUUUUUUUGCUGAUUUACUUUUUUUUCCAAAACUUUUUGUUUUAUUGCAAAAAGUGGCCUGUUGUGAUAAAAGUUUGAACAUAUGAGUGUAUAUGCAAAAAAAAAACUUUUCUUUUUUUGCAUACUUAUAUUUUCUAAAUCUCAGAUUUUCUCUACAAGUGAUGAAUAAAAUAAAACAUAAACAUUUUUUUUCCUCUUGAAAAUAAAGGCAUUGCUUAGGUCUUUAUUGUUGGAAAAAGGAGGUUAAACCGGUUUGUCCUAAUCUUGGAAGAAAAAAAAUGAAGUUUUGGGUUUAAAUAAAUUAGAAACUGAGAU